AUGCUUUCAAGGCUUACAAAGCAUGUGUCCCAGUUGCCUGGGGCCCUUACCAAGUGCAAUCGAACUGUCAUACGAUGGAACACUCCCCCUGUCAGAGAGAUGCUUCAACAGGUCAAGAGAUUGGUUGUGAUAGAAACAGAACAGAUGUAUAAAACCCGUAAACAAAAGGAGGCAAGCCACCAAGCUCUACGUCCCCCGCUGGUUGUGGACCAUCUCGAUGUUCCUGCAGGUGAUUCUUCUCAGCAACCUGUUUAAUUCUUAUGAGGUAAGUGAACUCCUCACUUCCUUACUAUGGGUUGUUAUUUGGAUAGGGUGUUUCACAUAUUGUAAUUUGUGAACACAUGUCCAGUACAAUGAACAUUUUGCAAUCAUCCUUCUCUGUUUUAUGCAUUGUAUCAAUGAAACUAUCAAAUAUGUUCAAUUUGUCUUUCUAUCUAGAUGCAGUAAGGCAGGUGAACAAGCCAUUUAAAGAGUUGUCUGAUUAAAUUGAUUCUCCUGUUCAAUAUGGGCUGUGUUGCCAAUAUGUGAUUCAGAUUCUCUCACAGUAGUCCAAACCUUUGUUUAAUUGCCAUAAUUAACGAGCAUUUUACUUCUUUCCCUCCUUUCUGGAUUUUAAAAUGCAGUCAAGUAGGAAACAUGCAUAUCUGGCGGAGAAGUUGAAAGGGGGCAAAAGUUGACUUAGAUUCUUUAUCAGCCAAAAACUUAAAUUCUG